GAUGCUCGAGGUGAAAGAAGACCAGUGUCUUUGAAUGCAUCUUGGGGACGGCGGUUGGCGAACAUGGUGUGGGCUGUGCGUUGGUCCCUGGGCUUCGCCCUAGUGAUGCUGUGGGUCUGCGGUGGACAUGGUGCAGAGUCAAGAUUUUAUUUUGGAUCUUACUAUGCCAGUCACAUGGUAUUACAGCAGCAGCCAUCGCGAGCCGUUGUUUGGGGAUACGGUGUAGUGGGAGCAACAGUCGCUGUGAGUGUGUGGACAGAAGAUGGCACCAACAGUCAGCAGAUUACUGCAGUCAGUGAAGGUACAUCUCCAGGUAUCACUGGUGUCUGGAAAAUUUUACUUGAUCCCAUUCAUGCAGGUGGUCCAUUUCGUGUCACGGCAGAACAGAGGAUUGCUGCAGCUGUGGACAUAAUUACUUUAGAAGAUGUGUAUUUUGGAGAUGUGUGGCUGUGUGGCGGACAAAGUAAUAUGGAAAUGACAGUGUUACAGAUUAUGAAUGCAAGUGAAGAGCUGUCUCUGGCUUCCCAUUAUCCGUACAUCCGUCUCUUCCAAGCGGGAUUAAAUGAGUCGGCUGAAGAACUAAUUGAUCUGAAGAGCAUUGCAGUGCAGUGGUCAGCUCCCACCGCAGAAAUUCUUGGCAAAGGCAAUUUCACCUCAUUCUCAGCCGUCUGCUGGUUGUUUGGCCGCUAUCUCUAUGAAAAGCUGCAGUACCCUAUUGGAUUGGUCGAAUCGUGCUGGGGGGGCACUACCAUUGAGGCUUGGUCUUCAAAAAGAGUCCUCAGAAAAUGUGGACUUAAUGGUGUUAGUGAUAAUUAUGGAAUGCCGGAAGGAAUUGGACGUCAUCAACCCUCUGUCCUGUGGAAUGCAAUGAUAUAUCCACUGAAAAGGAUGGUGUUCAAAGGAACCAUCUGGUAUCAAGGAGAAGCAAACACAGCCUGGCAUCAAGCUGAAUAUAACUGCACCUUUCCAGCUAUGAUUGAGGAUUGGAGGCAAGUCUUUCAUCAAGGAUCUGGACGUUCCACAGAAGUUGACUUUCCUUUUGGGUUUGUCCAGCUAUCUGCCUAUCGUCAUGUAAUCCCAGAUGAUUCCUUCCCCUGGAUCCGCUGGCAUCAAACAGCUGAUAUUGGUUAUGCUCCAAACCCGAAAAUGAGACGAACAUUCAUGGCAGUUGCAAUGGACCUAGGUGAUGAGAAUUCUCCCUUCGGCAUCAUUCACCCUCGAUAUAAACGCGAUGUGGCCUACAGAUUGUACCUCGGUGCUCGUGCCAUAGCUUACGGAGAGACACGAGUUGUUUUCCAGGGUCCUUUUCCAAAACAUCUCCAGCUAAAGAACAAGGAAUUGAGCAUUGUCUACUCUCAGGAACUUGCUGUGCUGGAGCUCAGUGAAGACAUAUUUGAGGUUUAUUGCUGCACAAAGUCGAACACUUCGAGCUGUAAUUGGGUUCCUUCCCCCAUGGUUGACAAUUCCUUCAAUGCAUUGUCCUUAUCUCUGGAGCAGUGUCGGGGGAAAGUGUUUGCUGUCCGUUAUGCAUGGAAGGAAUGGCCCUGCGCCCUGAAGAAAUGUCCUAUCUACGCCAAAAGUUCUGGGUUACCUGCCCCAGCGUUCCUGUUACCGUGAAAUGAUCCUUUGUAACAUUGUAGUGAAGAAGAUCAAGUAUAUCAUCAGCAUAAAACCAGAUGUUUUAUGGUGAUGCCAGAAACUGCAAAUGCUAGUAUAUAAAAAGAUAAGGAACACAGCGGCUCAGGGAGCAUCUCUGGAGAACAUGGAUCGGUGACAUUUGGGGUCUGGACCUUUCUUCAGAUGUUUUACUUUGGUUUGAGUAACAACUGGGCCGGAUAUGUAUGGCAAUGCAAAUUAUGCCUUUUAGCCCUGUAAAAGUGAUUAAUCGUUUGACUUGUUUUCAUGAAUGUGAUGAACAAUGAUUUGUCUGCUUUUCAGUUGAAUUAAAUAUUGAUUAUGUUUUUUAAUACAAAAAAAA